GCGCAGUGUGAGUUAGAACAGGCUUAUGUUGAGCAGUAUUGGUCUGUUUGCAAGCUGACGACAGGAAACAAAUAUUAGGAGUUAUUUAUUUAUCGUUGCCAAAUUCUUUGUUUCGUUUCACUAAACUUAUUAGAUUUUUCAAAAGGACGGCUCUGUUGUGUGAUAGAAAUGCCGAUGGCUGAUUUUCUGAGGAGAAGUUAAUUGGUUGCUCUAAUUUCAUUCCGUAUUACUUUGUUCAACCCUCGAUUUGUUAUGGCCCUUUCAAAAACCACCGCUGAUCCAGUAAAUUCAUUGUCAAGUGGUAGUAAUUCGCUGACGUGGAAAAGUUGUAGCUAUUGCCUUAAUAAGACAUUCAAAACGUCGGCAGAAUUCACAAAACACUUGAGAGAUGAUCAUUGUAGCCAGGAAGGAGGUUCAUUUGUUUGCCAUUAUGGUUACAAUGGAGUCUGCACAUCAUUACCUGUGGAAGGAGUUAGUGACAGAGACUAUGAAGAUCAUGUCAUGAAACACCACACCAAAGCACAGGAUGGAGGAAAAGAAUCAGGCAUUUUGUGUGGGAUGACACCCUCCCCACUUCAAGGGCAUCUGUAUAGGUUAAGUCUAUUGUCAGAUGGGCCUGCUUGGAAUGUCAAUGCAGCUUGCCAAAAUAUGGCAGCUAUUUUAAAUGACCCAAAGAAAGGAAAACAAAAAGACUUUUUCACUAGAACAUGGGGUGAUGGAUUCAUUGAAAACACUGCUAUACCAGAAAGCUCACUACUUCCUAUUGUUGAUGAAGCUUAUUUCACACCAUACCUUAAAAAGAUAUCCAAAAGAUACAAAAAGUCUUCUAAAAAAUCUAGUAUGACAUCAGCUAUUGAAAAUAUUCCAACAAGUUCAAUACCCAAACCUCUUGCAGAUGGGAAUGAGGGUGACCUUAGUGCUAUUCCUCAAGCAUUUUUGCAGCCUACUUUUAACCUCAGUCAACCAGAUACGUUCCUCAAAGUAUUCCCGUUUAUUCGAGAGUCGGGAUUGUCCCAUGUUUUGGGGACCGGAAAAACCCUCCAGGAGAAAUUGAGCUACUAUCUGGACUUGAUUGAGAUGCAAAUAGCUCAUCAAAUAUCACACAAGUCAGACGACUUUUUUCAGGCCGUUGCUUCGCAUGAUGCUGUACGCGAAGAACUAGGCAAAGCGCUAACGGCCGUUAAAGCACUAAGACUUAAAGUAAAACACGUUGAUGUCACACAUGUUCAAGGAUCUUUAAAAGUUUUACAAUGUCAGGUUGCCCGUCAGAAUUACGCGAUGGUGUAUCGUAAACUAAAACUAAUGGCGACAGUGCAUCAAACCCAGCCAACCAUACAGCUUUUGCUCUCGACAUCUGAUUUUGUCGGUGCCUUGGAUCUUAUUGGCACUACGCAAGAGGUCGUUCAGCAGGAACUGAUGAGCAUUCACUGCUUCCGUUAUUUGAGCUCACAGUUAAAAGAAAUGGAGAAUCUAAUCGAAAGUUUGCUAUCAAAUGAGUUUGAACGCCUCACUACCGCCGAACUUAAUCGACCCCUCAACGAAGACAUACUAGUUACAGAAGAAGACAGGUUGAUUGCUGUUUUAUACGGAAUGUUACGGCAGAGGCGUUACAACUUCAUUGAGCUAUUUAAAGACGAAGGAUUGACUGCCAUGAAAGCCUUGAUGAAACAAACUAUAGUUGAAGCUCUUGCGGCGAACGACACCGAUGUCGAAAGAGGUUCCAUGCUCUUCGAGCAGCUCAAACAUUUGAACUUUGUGUCUUGGACCAAUUUGAUGCGGCGGUGUAUGACUAGUUUAGUUUCUUUACUGAACCGGAUCCAAGCAAUUCAUGAUAUCAUGGCCCAUGUACUUGCCACAGAAACUAGCCGCCAAGACGAGGUUGUGGUAACAGAAGAUGAUCGUCAAAGGCUUCAACAGUCAUUAAAAGAAAUGCUAGAGUCACUUUGUGAUUCGGCUCAUGACCAAUGCGGACGUCUGCUGUCCUCACGUACGAAAGAUGGAGCUUUAUUGGAAAGAGUCUCAUCUCAAGAAUUUGUGACUCUUGCUAAGUUGAUUGAGGCUUUCGUCUUGGAUUGUCAAAACAUAAGUGGACACAAAGCCAUCGGUUUGAAAUUGGCGUUUCAGGGACAAGCUACGCGUUUCGUUCAAAAAUUCCACGAAGAGCGGCGCUCUAAAUUAGGAGCUGUCUUGGACAGCGAACGCUGGAGGCAAGCCGAAAUAACCCCGGAUAUCCAAGAAACCGUCGACUGCUUCUUUCGUUCUAUUGCCCGUCCCGAAAUCCGACCAGUUUCCAAGGCGGAAGAAGAUCGGAAAGACAAGAUCAUAGUCAAUGGUGAAUCGUACGUAGUGGUGGGUGCAGCCUUAUUCUUUCUGCCUCAACUGCUAGAGUACUGCAAUUGUGUGGACAAUCUUCCAACGGCUGCACCGGAUUUGCUCACUCGUUUGGUGGAGUUAUUGAAAACCUUCAAUUCUCGUACCUGUCAGUUAGUGUUGGGAGCUGGUGCUCUUCCCUUAGUUGGCCUGAAGACUAUUUCAAGUCGCAAUUUAGCUCUAGCUUCUCGCAGUCUACAAUUGAUUGCUUUAUUCAUUCCAUUACUGAAGGACCACUUUAAGGAGAGACUUGCACCUAAACAGAAAACAAUGAUUAAACAUUUUGAUCAAGCUCAUAAGGACUUCACGGAUCACAUAGUGGAAAUUGAAAGCAAAUUACUCACUCUAUUAAUUGAGAUGGCGGAAAGCCAUCUCUCUACAUGGGAGAUUAAGCCUCCAGUCCCAUCCCUUGCUUUUCGGGCGAUAAGCAAGCAAAUGGCUAAACUGCAUGAGGCCAUCAACCCCAUCUGGCCAAGCCAUGAUGUCCAAAACUUCUACAGUAAAUUCAACGUGUCACUUAAAAAGUCAUUGCAACACCACAUAGCCAAGCACGGUGUUCAAAACAACGGCGGUCCACAGCACGGAUUGGUGACUUCUGAGCUGAUAUUUUAUGUUUCAAGUCUAAAAUCCCUAAAUGUUUUGCGUGAUGACGAGACCGUAGAAGUGUUCUCGAAAGAUCUGUGGAAUAUUUCACGAUGAUUCAAUCUCCAUAAGAGUUUGAAUUUCUUGCUCUCCACAGUUCUGUUGCUAUCGACCAAAUUGAGCAACUUGAAUUUGAGCUUUUUGGUAACUCUUCGAUUGUACAGCCAAGGAGUGCAGCUUUGAGCAAAGGACAAAAAGAGCAAGCUAAUGCGUUUCUAGUCGCCUUUCUUUUACUUGUUUUGCUUACCGCAAUUCAACCUAAAAAUUAAUUGGAUUCUGUACGUUGCACGAGAAAUGUUCUAUUUUGCAGCGAGAUGACGAAUGUAGACUAUCAACGCCACGCUCGAAGUAUUGGUUCCGGUUGACAUUUUGUCACGGCCAAAUAUGCUUGUGGUAAGGAGGAAAAAAAACUGUUACAAGUCACUCGAUUUAGUAGUUUUAUCAUAGUUGGGAUUGCAAAGAGGGACGAUUAUAUCUGUAUAAAAUAUCCACUUCGGUGAAUGGAACAUCGCUGUCAAAAGAAACUACAAUUGUUUUUAACCAAUUUCUAAUAUUAUACAACUUCAUAUCAAAUAAAAAGAUAAAAAUUAAUCAAAAUAAAAAUUAAUUAUCUUUAGCUUGAAACGGAAUAGAUAUUCCUAUGUUGUUGGUUUUAAUUUUCGCCAGGGGGCCUUUUAUUUAGAGAAAACAAGCAGACGGAACAAGCCAACGACGCCUGUGCUAGUGUGAAUCCAAGCUCGAUCUCUUAUUUUUCUACUCUGAUGUCCAAUUUAUUUUACAUGUCCUAGUAGUUUCAGGUAUAUUUCAAUCAUGGAUUCAGAAUCGUGCACGAUUUAUUGUGGGAGUCUAUCGCCAAAAGUUACAGAGGAACUACUGUAUGAGCUUUUUUUACAGGCAGGGCCGUUGAAAUCCGUAAAGAUCCCAAAGACUCUUCAAGGUGAAUCUAAAUUAUAUGGAUUCGUCGAAUAUCAACAUGAGUGUUCAGUGGACUAUGCUAUUCAACUCUUUCACCACACUACCCUUUUUGGCCAGGAACUUCAGCUCAAACGGAGAAAACAGAACAAUCCAGGACACCCCCCCACUGGACAGAUGUCAGGAAUGCACCGCACGAGUAGUCUUCCAGUUAUGAUGAAAAUCCCCAUGCAGGCUCCUCAGUUGUUUUACAGGCCACCAUUCAUAACAGGCUUCAUGUAUCCACCAAUAAGCAACAUGUUCAACUAUGGCCUUGUUAUGACUCCACCUGUCCCGAUGCCUUGCCAUUUGCGCUUUGAUGAAGCUGGUUUGCCAAAAAGAGACUUUGUUCCAACUCCAGAUAUUUUGAAUGUACAAUGUAGUGAUUUAGCUAUAUCAUCACAUCAAGAAACAGAUCACACUAGUAGCAGGCAUAAAUCUUCCCAUCAGGAAAGUGGCAUUAAUAAAAGAAGGAAAAGCAGUAACAGUAGCUUCAGUCCCAGCAGGCAGGAAUAUGACCGAGACGGCAAAAAAGCGAGGUAUUCGCAUUCAGACAAGCCCGAAAAUCAUCGGGACAGACAGGUGUAUGGAGGAAGUGAGGAUAGGUCUAGAGCAUCUUGUAAUGAUUUGCGAGAAACUAGACAUUUUCACAGAAAUGACCAACGAUCUAGUAGAAGGGACUAUACAGAUAUUGAGGAAGACAGUAGACGUCGUCGCUGGGACGAACAUAGCAGGAGCAGAUCUCACCAUGAUGAUAGACGUCAAGAGAACAGGUCGCGUCGCGAUAGACCCGAAGACCGGGAACGGCAUUACAUAGACUAAACACCUACUUUACCUCCUACAGGAACAGAUAGUUCAAAUCAUUUGAGACAUUUUUGAGUUUUGGAUUUAGUUUUCUAAUGAUGAAUUUCUUAAAUUUCAUGCUCAUAUUAUCGCACGUUUUGACUUAACCGACAUUGUUUUUCUGGUGCGUCCGUGUUUGUCAUUCUUUAGCAAAAUGUCUGGUAGGUAAAAAGCAAUUUUAUAAAAAUAAAAAUAUAUAAUCAC